AUGAAUUCUUCAGAGAUUCUCUGCAUUUCCUCUACCGACACCUCCUUCGGCCCCUUUGUUGGUCCUGAAUGCCGUGACGGCUUCGACUUUACUCUUGUCUUUGAACAGUCCAUUUUCGUGCUUCUCCCAGCCGCUCUUCUUCUCGUUUUAGCUCCUAUUCGUCUCUUCCGCCUGCGAAAUGUCCCUGUUAAAGUCGCAGGCCGUCGUCUUCGGACUGUCAAAUUGGCGCUCAUCGCUCUUUUGACGGCGCUGCACCUCGUUCUUGUCGUGCUUUGGGCUACUCGUCCUUCAGACACGCGCCUAGAUCGCGUCUCUAUCGCUGCUGCAUGUGUAUCCUUUGCCUCUAGCCUGAUGUCAUGUGUGCUCUCGUGUGUCGAACAUGCCAAAUCUCCACGUCCAUCGUCGCUCUUGAAUGUCUAUCUUGCCCUGUCGCUGCUCCUCGAUGUUGCGCUCCUUCGCACCCUCUGGCUUGUUCCUAUGAGCACAGCUAUUCCAGCUGUUUUCACGGCAGCUUUUGCCCUGAAGGCGAUACUCGUCGUUCUUGAAGGGUGGAGUAAAGCUCCGUAUCUCCUCGCCGGCUCCGGGACCCACUCCCCCGAGGUCACGGCCGGACUCUACGGCCGGGCCGUCUUUGCGUGGGUGACGCCGUUGUUGAUGACGGGAUUUCGGAAAUUACUGCGGCCGAUGGAUCUGUUUGAGUUGGACGAGGAUAUGGGCUCGGCAGGGCUGAUUGGCAGGUUUUGGAGGCAUUGGCACAACCAGAAAGUUCCGGCGAGCAAGCAACGUCUUAUCGUUUGCUGCAUCACCACCCUGCGAUGGCCUCUCAUGGCUGUUGUCAUCCCCCGUCUAGCGCUGCUUGCAUUCACUAUAUGCCAGCCACUCAUCCUCAAUAGUCUCCUCGUCUUUCUCGACGAUGCCUCCCAGUCUAUCCAGAUUGGCUAUGGCCUUAUUGCAGCUUAUGGUCUGGUUUACUCAGGCAUUGCUCUUUCUCAAGCACUCUACUGGCAUCGCAAUGCUCGCUCUGUCACAUUGUUAAGAGGCGUUCUGGUGUCUGCUGUCUUCUCAAAGGCCACUGAGUUGAGGACCACAGCUACGGAUGACUCUGCCGCUGUCGAUGUUAUCGUGAGGGCUGUGAGGGAAGUCCAUGAGUUUUGGGCAAAUAUCAUACAGCUCUCCAUAGCUACCUGGAUCUUGAGCACUCAUAUCGGCUAUGCUGCCUCUGGCCCCAUCAUCGUCUCGCUGUUCGCCCUGAUUGCUACUGUUCUUGUCUCGCCUCUAGCACGCAAGUAUCAAAUUGCUUGGCUGGGGAAGACACAGAAACGUGUUGGUAUUACUUCUGCCAUGAUAGGCCACAUCAAGAGCAUCAAGUGCUCUGGCCUAACUCAGUAUCUAUCAGACACCAUUAUCGGUCUACGAGCAGAUGAGAUCAAAGCUUCACGACCUUUCAGAAUUGUCAGCAGCGUUACAUCUGCUAUUGCACAGGUGCCUCUCCUGAUGUCUCCUGUUGCUGCCUUUGCACUGUUCCAGGGUGUGGCCACCAAUUCCUCUGAAACUCUUGACGCCACUAGACUGUUUUCCGCUUUGUCACUUAUCGUUCUCAUGGCGCAGCCGCUCUUCUUUAUGUUCGAGGCAAUUCUCGGCAUUAGUGCUGCUUUGGGUGCGUUUGAGAGGAUUCAGACGUUCUUGACCCAAGAAUCACGUCUUGAUCCUUGUGAGAUGCUCUCAGACUCAGACAAGAGAGUACAUUCACAAUUAAGGACAGACUCUAUUGAGCUUCAAAGUCUAAGAGAUAACGUAUCGUUCCCCUCGGCAAGUCACGAUAUGAACGGCUUGGCCAUUGAGGCUACUAACGCCAGCAUCUCGUGGUCAGAAAAACACCCCCUUCUGCGGGACUUGACCUUUACUGUUGACAGAGGCCAGCUUGUCCUCCUCCUCGGACCAGUGGCAUCUGGCAAAACCACUUUGCUAAAGGCACUUCUUGGUGAGGUUCGCCAUAUCACAGGAACAAUCAAGCUUCAUACAAAAAGCCUCGCCUGGUGCGAGCAAAGCCCUUGGCUUUUGAACCAAACUAUCCGCGAUAACAUCAUCGGCCACUCCAACUUCGAUCGUGUCUUGUACAUAGAAGUUGUCAAAGCUUGCGAUCUUGAGAAGGACUUCGACCAACUUGCCCAGGGAGAUAGUACCGUUAUUGGUAGCAAAGGUCUCGCUCUCAGCGGUGGUCAAAAGCAACGAGUUGCCUUGGCGAGAGCUGUAUACUCAAAGCCUCGGAUUGCUCUCUUCGACGAUGUUUUCAGUGGACUUGACGGCCAGACUGCUCAAACUGUGUUUGAGAACCUCUUUAGCAAACGAGGUUUGUUCAGACGAUGGAACACGACAGUCAUCCUUGCAACUCAAUCAGCUUCAUUUCUCUCCUCUGCUGAUCUUGUUGUCUGUCUGAACAAGGAAGGACGAAUUUCUGAGCAGGGCACAUUCCACGACCUCGAGAAUGCCAGCGGAUAUGUCCACUCAUUACUGAAAAAUAAACCCCAGGACUCUAGUAUCGAAACUCCAGAGCUAACACCCGAGCAUGGCAACAUCAAACAGGUCCCCAAGUCGAUACAAGGAAGUCCUAAGCAGCUGGAUGAGGAAAACGACGCUCGACGGCAACGUGGAGACUCAACUGUAUAUCGAUACUACGUUAGUAGCACUGGUACUCGCUUCAUGAUCGUGCUGCUUGUACUGGAGAUCAUCUGGGCCUUCCUCGAGAGUUUUCCAACAAUAUGGCUCAAAUUCUGGUCUGAUGAUAACGUCAAAGGGAAUGACCGAGCAGGUUACUACCUUGGCGUCUAUGCCGCCUUGCAAGUUACGGGGGUCGUGUGGUUCGCUGUGCUAAUAUGGUUUGUCAUCGUCAUGGUAGCGGCCAAGUCUGGGAUCGCUCUUCACAAGAGGCUAUUGUCGACCGUCAUAAAGGCACCUUUGUCACUAUUCACCACAACAGAUCUUGGAUCUAUUACAACAAGAUUCUCACAGGACAUAGGAAUGGUUGACAAUCACCUCCCUCUUGGCCUCGUUGUAACUCUCGCCAGCUUCUUUGGUACCAUCGCCAAGGCCGGCCUACUCGCUGCUUCAACUCCAUACAUAGCAGCAACAUUCCCCCUUCUAGCAGCUGUCUACUUUUAUCUCCAGCGCGGCUACCUGCGCACCUCUCGCCAGCUCCGUCUUCUUGACCUUGAAGAAAAGGCUCCCUUGUAUACACAGUUUCUGGAAACACUGUCCGGCCUCGCUACCAUACGGGCGUUUGGAUGGGGAGACGCCGUCAUUCAAGCCAACCACGCUCUCGUGGACCGUUCACAGCGGCCGUUUUACUUGCUCAUGAUAGUACAGCGCUGGCUUGUACUGGUCCUCGAUCUGACCACAGCGGCUCUGGCUCUGCUUCUUGUUGGUCUCGCUGUUCGUCUUCGAGGGGAGGUAGAUGUCGGGUUAACAGGGGUAUCGCUUGUGCAGCUGAUCUCGUUAAGCGAGACAGUCAAUAUGCUCAUUCAGUUCUGGACUUCGAUCGAGACAUCUAUCAGCGCUGUAGCUCGGGUCAAGCAAUUCGCUGAAGAGACUGGAGAAGAGAGUCUUACCGGCGAGACCCAGGAACCUCCACCUCGGUGGCCGGAAAAGGGCGCUAUUCAGAUCAGCAACUUAUCGGCAUCAUAUGGGGAUGGUAAGGGAGAUGUCAUCAAGGCCCUCGAUGCUGUGAACUUGGAGAUAAAAGCAGGAGAGAAAGUAGGCGUCUGCGGUCGUACAGGAAGCGGCAAAUCAUCUCUGUUCCUCGCUCUUCUUCGACUCCUCGAUUCUUCAUCUGGUAGCAUAACUAUUGAUGGCUUAUCUUUAGCUUCACUCCAGCGAGAAACUAUCCGCAGUCGUCUUAUUACUCUUACCCAGGACCAGUUCGUCCUCCCGGGCACCAUCCGACACAACGUAGAUCCGCUCGACGCCUACCCUGAUGCCGAUAUCAAAUCAGCGCUUCAUCUUGUCGGAUUAUCCGAAGCUAUCGAGCAGCUUGGAGGCUUAGACGUAUCCUUUGAUGAAGACGCGUUGAGCCAUGGGCAGAAGCAGCUGUUCUUCCUAGCAAGGGCAGUGCUCAGGAAGUACGACGGGAAGGUCGUCCUCCUUGACGAGGCGACGAGCAGCGUGGACCAAAAGACAGAAGAGACUAUCAAGGCCGUUAUCGAAACCGAGUUCAAGGACCACACUGUCGUUUCCAUCACCCACCGUCUGGAAAACAUCAUUGGCUUUGACCGCGUGAUCAUGCUGGAGAAGGGUUGCGUAGUGGAAAUCGGUGAACCAAAAAGCCUUUUGGCUUCCAACAGCAGGUUCAAGGCUCUAUGGACAGCCAGGUCUCGCCCAAGCGCUUAA